AUGGACCGUUCUUCAACUAAAGAAACAGCACUUGAAGAAAUUGAAGGCGUUUUGUCUGAGCCUCGCACACAAGAACAAUAUACCGGUGCUAUAUGGACCACUAAACGUCCGGAGCUGUGGGCCUACUAUCUAUACUAUGUAGGGAAUAACGGACUUUCGGGUUUCAACUUUGGACCUUCCCAGUUCCAAAAUUUGCUAUUUCUUGCAGGCUACGAUCCGGUAGCUGGCCCUGGUUCAGCAUGCAGUGUGAACGGCUGUGUCUUGCCAUAUCUUGGAGAGAUCCGCGACAUUUUGCUCUUCAAGCAUUUCUGUUACUCCUCAUCGGAGCAUGGGCCGAUUAUGGAACUUGGAGGUCUGUUCGACUACGAAAAACCAUUUCCUCUCUAA